GUUGGGUUUGGCAUGUCACAGAAAAGUGUCAUGGCUCAAACAGGGAGGGAGAGAGGGCCUGAAAUUUUAUCCACACCGCCUCUCAAAGCAGAGAGAGAGACAGGGAGUAAAUAGAGAGACAGAGGCAAACAGACAGAAAUAGCGAGACAUGCAGGCUGAGUGAUUUACAGAGUUUAAAAGCGAUAAAGUAGAGAAAGACAGAGUGCAUACAAAAAUUAGAGGUAAAGGUUUGGUAGGGCUGGUACGUGAGUGGCCGGUAUCCUCGAUUCUGCACAGAUUACAUAGUCUAUCGCUGGAUUAACAACAUGAUUCAAGACCAGUAUCUGAUAGAAUGUCCGAUAGAUUCGGAAAAUGAACCGAAAUUUCAUCAGAAUCCUCCAAACACAACACUCUACACGGAAGCGCCACCGAAACAGGACACGCGGGAUCCCCGUGGCAUCAAUAAGCACCUCAAGGUGGACUUUUCAGAUGUUCUUGCAGAACCCAACUCGUUUCACAGCUUUGACAAGGUCUGGACAUGGAGUGAUAUACUGUUCGAAUCAUCAAAACUCUGGUGCUAUCGUAUCAUUUCGCUUCUGUGCGCUGUGCCAGUAUCCCUGAUUUCGGGCAUCCUGUUUGCCCUCCUUGGGUGCCUUCACAUAUGGUGUGCGAUGCCAUGCAUCCAAUUGUGCAACAUCUGCAUGCCUCCUAUUCGGACCCUGUGGGCAAGCAUUCUGGACAUUUUCCUGGCCCCGCUGUGUGCCAGUAUCGGUCGUUGCUGCAGUUCUAUUUACCUGAGUAUUGCCAAACAGCAAGUAUAGCAGAGAAAGGACCGGCACGUAUGGGACUCGAGAAGGACAACAGGAUGGUGAAUUGUGUUGCAAUGAAUUCUGGGAUCUGCAAUCCUACCAUUGUAAAGAGAACUCCCAGAAAGCACUGUGUAAUAAAACUUUUGCUAUUUUU